CCGGCCCGGCCGCCCCGCGGGCACCCGGCCUCCGCGGGGGCGGCGGGCGGAGAGUAAAACCGGGCCCCGGCAGGUACGCGGGGCUGGAGCCGGAGCGGGAGCCGCCGCCGCCAGGGGAAGGAGAUGACAGGUGGAAAUGAAUCCUGUACUGCAGGACCGGUAUCUAUGUCCUACUUAACUUGCCUGACUUACAUUCUGGAAGAAUGGACUGGUGUGGAGCAUAUUGGAGAUUAUCUGAGUUAUGCAUUCUACAUUGUAUGGGURCUUUUUCCACUUGUAUUAGUUUUUGUACUUCCGGGAGUUAUCGUCGUUCUCUUCUACAUUUCCAUUCUCGUACUUCUUAUUUAUAAAAGGAAGAAUGAACUAAAGGAAGCUUAUUCCCAGGAUUUUUGGGCGGGUGCKGGAGAAACGUUGGCUACGCUAUGGGAUGGACAUGGAAGAAUAUGGCAUGGUUAUGAGCUUCAUGGUGUCAAAAAUCUUCCUAAAGGACCAGGACUUGUUGUGUUUUAUCAUGGAGCUACUCCUGUUGACUAUAUCUAYUUUGUGGCUAGACUUCAUGUGACGCAGAGGAGGCACUGCAGCGUAGUAGCCGAUCAUUUUGUCUCUAGAUUACCAGGUUUUAAAAUAUUACUUGAUGUGUUUGGAGUUAUACAUGGACCAAAAGAAGCUUGUGUCAGUACUCUGAAGAAGGGCCGUCUGUUAGCCAUUGCCCCRGGUGGAGUUCGGGAGGCACUCUUUAGUGAUGAAAUGUACACUAUUCUGUGGAGUAAUCGGAAGGGCUUUGCUCAGGUGGCCAUUGAUGCAAAAGUGCCCAUCAUUCCUAUGUUUACACAAAAUGUUCGAGAAGGCUUUAGGACAUUAGGAGGAAUAAAAAUAUUUAGGAUACUAUAUGAACGUAUAAGAUUGCCAGUAGUYCCUCUGUACGGGGGAUUUCCUGUCAAGCUACGUACAUUUAUUGGAGAACCCAUUCCAUAUGAACCAAAUAUGACUGCUGAGGAGCUAGCUGCAAAGACACAAGCAGCAGUCCAAGCUCUCAUAGACAAACAUCAGAAAAUACCAGGAAAUAUAUUUAGGGCUUUAAUGGAACGAUUUCAAACACAAAAGAAAGAAGAUUAAGGUUUUCUGAACUUAAACUUCUGUAAACUACUAUUUAGUUAUAAAAUUCUUAAAGUCACAUUUUUAAAUUAUUCAUUCUUCUAAUAAUAGGUUUUAAAUACUGUCCUAAUUAUACUGUUGUCUAAUUUAAGAUAGAAGUCAUUGUGCCCUUGCUCUUUCCCCUGUUGAGUAUCAAGCUCAGGAGCCCAAACUUCAAAUCAUUCAUAAUG